AUAUAUAUGCACGUAAAUUAGAAACCAGGUUCUUCUGAAAGGGUACAAUGGUCUCGCCAGCAGCAUCCUUCGCCUUGCAUCCAUCAGGAUAUCUUCGUCAGGAAAUAAAAUUCACAAACUUCGAGAUUGCCAGGACAAGCAGAUGCAUAUUACUCGAAUCAACAAUUGGUUUCCCAAGGAGACAGAGUCUAUGGAGCGGUACUUCUUCCAGGGGUAGUGACACACUUCUGGGAAGCAGGAGGAUAAUAAAGAAUGUUUUAUCUCAGGAGAUCUCGGCCCCAAGCAUUGUUGUUGAAGUUCUCGAUGCUCGGGAGGAUGAAUAUGAUGGAAUAGUCAUUGAUCCUCAGGGAUUGCCCACGAGUGCAAAUGCUUUCGCUUCUGCCCUAAAGGCUUCUCUAUCCAACUGGAAAUCGAAGGGGAACAGAGGAGUGUGGCUGAAACUACUCGAGGAACAAGCCGACCUCAUACCAAUUGCAAUUCAGGAUUUUUCACAGGAGGGAUUCAGCUGCCAUCAUGCUGAACCAGGAUAUGUGAUGCUGACGUAUUGGAUUCCCGACGAACCAUGCCUUCUCCCAGCCGGUCCUUCGCAUCAGAUCGGUGUCGGAGGGUUCGUGAUCAAUGACAAACUUGAGGUUCUCGUGGUGAAGGAGAAAUGUUCCUGUAACUGCUCUGGUGUAUGGAAGCUGCCAACUGGUUAUAUUAACAAGUCUGAGGACUUGUUUGAUGGAGCCAUACGAGAAGUGAGGGAAGAAACUGGUGUUGACACCAUUUUCCUCAAAAUGGUCGCUUUCAGGCAUGUCCACCUUGUUGGGUUUGAGAAGUCGGAUAUCUUAUUCGUCUGCAUGCUCAAGCCCUUGUCUCACAAAAUCUCGAUCGAUGAGAGCGAAAUUCAAGCUGCUAAGUGGAUGCCAUAUGAUGAACUUAUAGCGCAGCCGUACUACGAAGAAGACCACAUGUGCAAGAAAGUGAUUGAGAUAUGCAUGGCAGCUUACGAAGAACACAACAGCGGAUUCAUUGCCCAUCAGCUUCCCUCCAAAUUAGAUGGAAAGCUCUCCUACUUGUACUAUGAUGAUGCGUCAUUGUCGAAGCCAAACAUACUUUGAUCUUCUCCGACAUAGUAAAGACUUAAUAAGGACAUAAAGUCAGCAGAUUAAUGUAUCUUAUGAUUUGGAAUACACAAUUUAGAACAUAAUCAUUCA